AUGAAAUACUUUACGUUCUCUGGUUGAAUUUAGUAAAUUAGAACGGUUUAGUAGCAAAAGCGGCUAAUUCAGAUGUUUAUAAUUAUACAUGCGCGCAAACGUCUAUUGCAGUAGACAUUUUAGCGCUUCAAAUAACAGUCUAAAAUCAAAACAUGGUUCUUGCAGCGACUCAAAGUAAAGCGGAUACUACGGUAAACAUUAAAAAUCACGAUUCAAUCGACGAAAUUAAGAACGUAAUACCGCCAAAAGUAUUAAAAUCGAAGCCGUUACAUGAAAAAGUAUUCAAAGACUCCAAUUCGUAUAUGACGGAAUUUUUGAAAGAUGAGCAUAUACAAACCAUUUACAAUAUAUUCGGAGUGGCGUUGUUUUAUAUAAUAACAUAUUCAAUUAGCCACGAUUAUUUCACACAUGGCAGGAUUUACUUUGGUCGGCUUACAAUAGAAGCUGGGUUUAAAGGCCUUCCCUAUGCUAUUGCUUGUUGGUUUAUAAUGCAUUUAAGUGCGUUUCUAGUCUAUUUUGGUGUCUCCUUAUGGCUAAAAGUAAAUGCUUUAAGCAAAAAAGUCAUCUACAAAUCGUGCAUAAAUACAUUGUUCCUAGCGUUCUACAUCACAACGAUCUGCGCGAGCUUUGCCUUAUGCGCUCUAUGCUGUCUACACUAUAACUUACGUAUGGGCUCAGCGCUCUUUAUCUUAAUGGAGAGCACACGCCUCGUCAUGAAAAUGCAUGCCUUCGUACGUUCAACAAUUGGCCAAACAGCGAAUCCAGCGCCUACAGUUAACAGUACUAUCCAAUUGCCGGGUCUGCAACACUAUAUUUACUUUCUAUUUGCACCAGUGCUGAUCUAUCGCACCUCAUAUCCGCGCACUACCACCCCUAUACGUUGGACCUUUGUGUGGGCGCGUUCAAUGGAAAUUCUCGCUGCAGUUUAUUACUUCAUCUAUUUUUACGAGCGUUUCAUUAGACCCUACUAUCGGGAGUUCGGCGUUACCACACCACAUUGGUCGGCUGUUAUUGAAUGUUUCUAUGGCAUGUUAAUGCCUUCCACACUAUGUCUACUCCUGUUUGUAUAUAUGUUGUUGUAUUCAAUACAAAAUCUCUUUGCUGAACUGUUACACUUCGGUGAUCGUAGAUUCUUUACGAAUUGGUGGAAUGUAACAAACUAUCGCGAUUACUUUAUCAAGUGGAAUUGUUUGGUGCAGGAUUGGCUAUAUGAGUAUAUCUACAAGGACUGCUAUAGUUAUCUAUCUUCUAAUCGCUAUGUCUGCUCAUUCUUAGUUGUGACAAUUUCUGCUCUCGUGCAUGAACUUUUAAUAGGUUUGGCAUUGCAGUUAUUCUUGCCCAUAAAUUACAUAUGCUUUGGUAUUCUAAGUUAUAUAAUAAUGUUUCUACCGUUACGUGGUAGAUUUGGAAAUGUGAUUGUAUGGUUAUUGAUUAUAUUUGGCGUGGCGCUGCAGAUGUCAUUUUACAGCAUGGAAGCUUUCGCAAAAAUGAACUGUCCAAAGAAGCUUAAUGACAAUUUGUUGGACAAACUCGUGCCCUAUAUAUGGACUUGUAUACAAAAUCAC